UCCCUCGCCGCUACCGAGAGUACGGGAGCACUCCUCUAACUGCCCAACUAUUCGAGAACCUUCCAGGACGCUCUCUCAAAAACUCACGCUCCCUCUUAUCAUUCACGCCCAAAUCAUUUACCUUAUCCCUCUCCCGUCCUUCAUCCAGCUCCCUCUCACUACCUUUGCUGUUCAAAUUAGGGUUUUCAGGUCCCCCCCUACACCAAAACCAUGGCCUCUGCAUCGACCUCCACUUCAGCUCACGCCUACGUCCUCGGCUCCUCCUCCUGCAAGCGUUACUCCGCCGCCAAGGCACCCUCGUUCAAGACCGUUUUCUUCGGCGGCAGGCAGGCGGAACUGCUAGGUGCUGCUCGGUUAAAGUUCCAGCAGACUCGUCGGGCUGGGCCUGUGCGUGUAGUGGCGGAGAAGGUGGUUGGGAUAGAUCUUGGGACUACGAACUCGGCGGUGGCGGCCAUGGAGGGCGGCAAGCCAACUAUCGUGACCAACGCAGAGGGGCAGAGGACGACGCCUUCUGUGGUCGCGUACACCAAGAACGGAGAUCGGCUUGUAGGGCAGAUAGCCAAACGGCAGGCCGUGGUGAAUCCCGAGAAUACUUUCUUCUCGGUGAAGCGGUUCAUCGGCCGGAAGAUGUCGGAGGUUGACGAGGAGGCCAAGCAGGUUUCGU